UGGUCAUCACUGCUAUCGCUGAAGUACGGCUUUGCUUUAAACAAAUAUGACAUUGUUUUGGGUUCUUUGUUGUGAAUGAUUUUUGAAGAAGAAGAAGAAGUGUACGAAGAACGGAACAAUCAUUUGAGUAAUUUGUAUUGUAAAUUAAGGAUAUUUCUUCGCAAGAAAAUAUGUCUGCAGCCGUGACCGUUGAUACUGCUAGGGACCGUGGUCUGCAGGAUUAUCGGAAGAAACUAUUGGAGCACAAAGAAGUGGAGUCUCGCUUGAAAGAAAUGCGAGAACAAUUGAAAGAACUCACGAAGCAGUUCGAUAAAUCGGAAAAUGAUUUGAAAGCUUUGCAAAGUGUUGGACAAAUCGUUGGGGAGGUAUUGAAACAACUGACCGAAGACAAAUUCAUCGUCAAGGCCACCAACGGUCCCCGAUAUGUGGUUGGAUGUCGUCGUCAAUUAGACAAAACUAAAUUGAAAUCCGGUACAAGAGUAGCACUAGACAUGACAACUCUCACCAUAAUGCGAUAUCUGCCGCGUGAAGUCGAUCCGUUGGUGUACAAUAUGUCGCACGAAGAUCCCGGCGAAGUUAAAUAUUCAGCGAUCGGUGGCUUAUCGGAACAAAUUCGUGAAUUGCGCGAAGUCAUUGAAUUGCCCCUACUCAAUCCGGAGCUGUUCUUACGCGUUGGUAUCACACCGCCGAAAGGAUGUUUAUUGUACGGUCCACCCGGAACGGGAAAGACACUCUUAGCGCGUGCAGUGGCCUCUCAAUUGGAUGCCAAUUUUCUGAAAGUUGUGUCCAGCGCCAUCGUCGACAAAUACAUCGGAGAAAGUGCUCGCUUAAUUCGCGAAAUGUUCAACUAUGCCCGAGACCAUCAACCGUGCAUCAUUUUCAUGGACGAAAUUGAUGCUAUUGGCGGUCGCCGGUUCUCGGAGGGUACGUCGGCGGAUCGAGAAAUUCAACGUACGUUGAUGGAAUUGCUGAAUCAAAUGGAUGGAUUCGAUUCGCUGGGACAAGUUAAGAUGAUUAUGGCCACCAAUCGACCAGAUACUUUGGAUCCGGCUCUAUUGCGUCCGGGACGUUUGGAUAGGAAAAUUGAGAUUCCGUUGCCCAACGAACAAGCCAGGCUGGAAAUUUUGAAAAUUCAUGCUGGACCAAUAGCAAAACACGGUGAAGUCGACUACGAGGCCAUCGUCAAAUUGUCGGAUCACUUCAAUGGGGCAGAUUUGCGAAACGUAUGCACCGAAGCCGGCCUGUUUGCCAUCCGAUCGGAACGGGAGUAUGUUAUCCAGGAAGAUUUCAUGAAAGCUGUGCGUAAAGUGGCCGACAACAAGAAAUUGGAGAGCAAGCUGGACUACAAACCCGUCUAAAUGUGUACGAAUCACCACAAUUUUACUAUUAUUUCCCAUCUGCGUUUAAUUCAGUCGCCCAAGUGUUUUUUUGAUAAGAAAAUAAAUUUUUUUGUGAAUUUC